CCGGAGAGAGGGGUGGGUGACUCAUCGGUGGCGGCGGCGCCGGGAAUAAAUAGGCGGGCGUCUACCUGGGAGCAGCACUGCGAUCUCAGCGCCGAGUGGCCGCAAGAGCCAGAGCUACAUCGAGGUCCUCGCUGCAUCCCCGCCCCGCCAGGACAUGAUCCUGCCCUGCACCCUGGUGGCCGCUCUCCUGGCUGUCAGCCGCGCAGCCAACCCCUGCUGCUCAAACCCCUGUCAGAACAGAGGAGUAUGCAUGACAAGAGGAUUUGAUCAGUAUGAAUGUGACUGCACAAGGACAGGAUAUUAUGGGAAAACCUGUGCAACGCCGGAAUUCUUCACAUGGCUGAGGCUAACAUUGAAACCUUCGCCAAAUACUGUCCACUACAUCCUCACCCACUUCAAAGGAGCCUGGAGUAUCGUCAACAAUGUUCCCUUCUUACGAGAUGCUAUUAUGAGAUAUGUGUUAACGUCAAGAUCACACUUGAUUGACAGCCCACCAACCUACAACAGUGAUUAUAGUUACAAAAGCUGGGAAGCUUAUUCCAAUAUUUCCUACUACACAAGAAGCCUUCCACCAGUAGGACUUGACUGUCCAACACCAAUGGGUGUUAAAGGUAAGAAAGAGCUCCCAGAUUCAAAGCUGAUUGUGGAGAAGUUUUUGCUAAGGAAAAAAUUUAUUCCUGACCCACAAGGCACAAAUAUGAUGUUCACAUUCUUUGCCCAACACUUCACUCAUCAGUUCUUUAAGACGGACCACAAGAAAGGACCUGGCUUCACAAAAGCUUUUGGCCAUGGGGUUGACUUGAACCAUAUUUAUGGAGAGACUCUGGAAAGACAACUUAAACUGAGACUUCUAAAGGAUGGAAAGCUAAAAUACCAGAUGAUUGAUGGAGAAAUGUAUCCACCAACAGUAAAGGACACUCAGGCAGAGAUGAUCUACCCUCCUCACAUACCUGAACACUUGCAGUUUUCUGUCGGGCAGGAGGUGUUUGGUUUAGUCCCAGGCUUGAUGAUGUAUGCUACAAUAUGGCUGAGGGAACACAACCGGGUCUGUGACAUCCUGAAACAGGAGCAUCCGGAGUGGGAUGAUGAGCAGCUGUUCCAAACUACUAGACUAAUACUGAUAGGAGAGACAAUCAAGAUUGUUAUUGAGGACUAUGUGCAACACCUGAGCGGUUACCACUUCAAACUCAAGUUUGAUCCUGAGCUGCUGUUCAACCAGCGAUUUCAAUACCAGAACCGAAUUGCAGCUGAAUUCAAUACUCUCUACCACUGGCACCCGCUUCUGCCCGACACUUUCCAGAUACAUGACCAGGAGUAUACUUUCCAGCAGUUCCUCUACAACAACUCUAUAAUGCUGGAACAUGGCCUUUCCCAUAUGGUGAAGUCUUUCUCCAAGCAAAGUGCUGGAAGGGUUGCUGGUGGGAAAAAUGUUCCUGCUGCAGUACAGAAAGUAGCAAAGGCUUCGAUUGACCAGAGCAGACAAAUGCGAUACCAGUCCUUGAAUGAGUAUAGGAAACGCUUCAUGUUGAAACCAUUCAAAUCAUUUGAAGAACUUACAGGAGAAAAAGAAAUGGCAGCUGAACUGGAAGAGCUUUAUGGGGACAUUGAUGCUAUGGAGCUGUACCCAGGCCUUCUCGUAGAACAGCCACGGCCAGGUGCCAUCUUUGGUGAAACAAUGGUGGAGAUUGGAGCACCAUUCUCUCUAAAAGGACUGAUGGGAAAUGCUAUCUGCUCCCCUGAGUACUGGAAACCUAGCACCUUUGGUGGAAAAGUGGGCUUUGAAAUAAUCAAUACUGCCUCCUUACAGAAGCUCAUCUGCAACAAUGUGAAAGGCUGCCCUUUCACUGCUUUCCACAUCUUAAAUCCUGAGCCCACAGAGGCAACUAUUAAUGUUAGUACCUCAAAAACAUCAAUGGAAGAUAUCAACCCCACGCUACUACUGAAAGAGCGAUCUGCUGAGUUGUAAAAAUCCAUCUAUUUAUUUAUUUAACAAAUAAUUUAUUCUUUUUAUGGCUUCAAGUGUUAAAAAAAAACAAAACAAAACUUGAGCAUCUUCAUUGUGGGGGUUGCUCUAGAUUCCUUACUCGGGUAAGGCUUACAUUUACCAAAGGGAUUUUCUGUGUUUGAGCUCUACAGUGGUGAAUCCCUUGUUUAAAGUCUUCUGCAACAGAAUUACGUAUUCCAAAGUGGACAAAGGUUCCAACUUUUUUAACGUUUUAAUACUUGACAAAGGGUGUUGGUGUUUUUUUGUUUGUUUGUUUGGUUAUUUUUUGUUGUUCUUUUUGUCCUUUGACUUGAUAGGUCACAUAACACUACAAAAGCAAGUUAUUGCCUCAAUAACUUCUUAAACUUGAAAAGAGGCCAUUGAACUAAAAGUACAAGAAAAUUUUGACUUAAUGAAAACUGCCAGAAAAGAUUAUGAAUUCAGUAUAAGCACUCCAAGAUUAACAAAAAAUACAUAUACUUGAGACUCACUUAUUUAUGUAAAGUCAGAAAAUGCAUUGCAUUUAUUGUUGAUACUACCUCUCCCUUAUUGCAAAUAAGGCACUUUGUAUAGAAACGUGUAUGUUUAUUUUUAUGUGUAAAUUUACCCUCAUGUGGCAUUAUACUUUUUAAAAAUUUAUUUAAAGAAAAUAGAACUUGUCAUGGAUCCUACUUGUUUUUGAGGCAUAUGUCACAGAAGUAUUAUUUAUGAAAAGGAUGAUAAUAAGGUACUGAGCUUAGAAAUAACUGCCUCUCAGGCUGCAACACAAGGCUGGUUGUAUCUUGUUACAGAUAUUUUAUUGUGCAAGUUUGGGGAGAUGUUAAACUUAAUCCGAAGUAUUGGUAUUCUUUCCGUAGCUGUAGUUCUCUGGCCUACUUGAUAAUAUGAUUGUAAUCUUUGUCCUGUUAAGGACAAAUGGAUGGUAUAUCUUUACUGUAGUCACAUCCUUAACUCUAGCUUUGUGUAACCAAAACACAGAGGUUAUUGGGGAACAGUGAAAACUAAGAAGCUGUGUAAGUAGACACAGCAGAGAAAUGAAUACAGAUAGAUUUAGCAAAACUUCAAGGCACCAAGGCUUGAAGGUAACUCAUGGCCAUACUUGUGACUUUUAUAGCUUUAUUUAUUGUGGGGAGGAGGGAUAAUGGUUUGUUUAUAACUUAUAAACAGAGGCAUUUUAAGUAAGUGGCUUAAGCUUAAAUAAAACUGGCUGGCUAGCACAAAAUUUCCUGGAUGUAUUUGUCGCAGUCCAGUACUAAAAUUUCUAGUCCCAUCUGGGUGCAUAAGAGGUUACACGAGAUCUUGUACCUGCACUUCCAACUUUGCAUAUAAGGGUAUCUUUUUUUAAUUUCUAGAGAGGAAGUGUAGAAGAUGAUCUUCCCAUAAAAACAGCUGGGGAACUGUAGAUAAAAAGAAAAAGUAACUUCAGACUGGAAUAGAGCAGCAACCUGGUAUUCUGUGCCCCUGCCCAAAAUUCCUUGACUUCUUGUGGAAAAGGACUUGAGAUUCAGAUGAAAUCUAAGACUUGAGUGUUUUUAGAGGCUUGUGCUUUGUAAUGGCUAUGGCAAUAGUGUAGUUGGACUGGGAGUUCUGUUUCUGUUGAUUUGUUUAGAAAUGCCAAUUACCUUAUGCUGUGUAAGAUUGUAAUUGUUAGUAUGAGUAGCUGAAUCAUGAUCUCCUGUAGAGAUUGACACCAGUGACUGAUUUGAGGUCGUGUUUGGUAUGAAUGCUUUGGGAGAAAGAAGGGCAUUUGUUUUCCUUUUUUAUAUUUGGAGCAUGAAGAAGAGAAAAACAUUGAUAACUUUGUAUUAAAAGGUGGUCAGUACUGUAUAUGGUAAUAAGUGAAAACUGCUUGGACACUUGUUAAAUGUGUAACUGUCAUUCAGAUCCAUCUUUAGAGCACUCUUCUUCAGAGCACCCUUCUGCCAUUCACAUGGAAUAGUAUUUGGCUUAAGAGUCAAAGUCUGGACAGAUCUAGUUGGUUUGGGGGUAGGUAAAGAGGAAUUCCUCACCCCUUGUUAUUUGUGUUAAGUUAUAAGCUGCUUCAGAAAGGAAUCGUGUUCACUCUGCAUUUUGUACUCUGCAGCCACAUUUCAAGAGUCACUCACCUGUGACACAACCUGCUGUGUUUGGCUGGGUUCGGCUGGGUUCAGUAUGCUUAUGAUACAAGUGUAUGAUUGAGACUAUUUAUUUAAAGUUCUAUGAAUUGUUUUUGAUUUUAUUUUUGUAGAAAAAAAAGUUUUUAAAAUGCAAUUGUUUCACAAAAUAAAUUAAAAACAUUACCUAUAUGGACUCA